AUGGAUGACUCUCAGGCGUCAUUGAUCCUCAUGACAUGCACUGGUGCCGGGCCAGGAACACCACUACAGAUGUUAGGCACAUCAGCCAUUACCUAUACGUGGCUUACAUUUUUGACAUCUACCCGUGAGAUGUUGGACAUAUACGUUUUGACGGUUCUUGUGAGCACAUACGGGGUAACGGGAUACUACCCCCGGAUGAAGGGGCCACCUCGUUGGGCAUGGAGCGUGGGCAUAUAUGAAGAAUCAGGCACUCCAGACGCCGCAUUAACUACUGUAUAG